GAUACUCACAGUUUGGUUUCUGCCCGUAAUCAGUGAGCAACACACGAGUUCCCCUAAACGCAAAUCGUUUCUGCAAAGAUGAAAUUCUUCGUCGUCAUUGCUCUGGCGUUGGUAGCCGCAGUUGCCGCCCAGGAUAAGUACACCACCAAGUACGACGGUGUCGAUCUGGAUGAGAUCCUGAAGUCCGACCGCCUGUUCAACAACUACUACAAGUGUCUGCUGGAUCAGGGCCGGUGCACCCCGGACGGCAAUGAGCUGAAGCGCAUCCUGCCGGACGCACUGAAGACGGACUGUGCCAAGUGCAGCGAGAAGCAGAAGAGCGGCACCGAGAAGGUGAUCAACUAUCUGAUUGACAACCGCAAGGACCAGUGGGAGAACCUGCAGAAGAAGUACGACCCGGAGAACAUCUACGUCAACAAGUACCGCGAUGACGCCAAGAAGAAGGGAAUCAACCUGUAAGGUGGACGCUGAGUUUCCAUUCCACCCGCGACCCUUGCAACGUGUUACCGGCCUCACGCGUACCAACGGACUUAGGAGUUUUGUUAACUGCAAUCAUAGGCGCAUGCCGUUCGGUGCUGUUUAACCAUCGGAUACAAAUCUCUACAAAUAGCUCAGAAUAGCCUCAGCAGCAGCAACGACAUCAUGCAGAAAACCCCACCGGCCAGAUGCCGUCGAUUGAGCUUCUGUCCGCUAGUUCGGAUUGCGGAGUUCUCUCUCUCGGAGGCAGGCGGUGAACGGUUUCGGGUGAUUACUGAUGUGUGAUAUGCGCACGGAGCAGCAGCCAACUUGUCGAAUCCCAUGGGUUCAUGAAUCAUUGUUUUCUUUUUAUUUACUAGAAGCCUAGCUGUGGCUUCUGAGUAAAAUUCAUCCUUAUUACUUCAUCAGUACUUAAACAAACAGAACAAUAAACGAUUUUACGAA